AUGGCGGACUUGCUCUCCAGCAGCAGCUGUGUUGACUUAGAGGACCGCAGCUCUGUGUCAAGCCUGAGCCUCUCUGUGGGCUACUACCCUGGUGAGGACACCUUCUCCUGCCAGAACACAACCUCCUAUGAGAACACAUUUGCCGAGGGGCCCUCAAUCCAUUCUGUCCCUCCUUUCCAAGGGUCGUGGCAGACUGACACUGUAGGGAGACUCCUGGAGAGACAAGACCACAUUCAGGACAACCCAGAGCAGUUCUGCCAACUAAGCAUCACCCUGGCCUGUGGUACUGACAUGAGCUCUGACCAUUCAGACUCCAUCAUCAGCUGGGGUCUCCAUGGAGACAACCUGUGGAUAAACAAGUACCCCGAAGAGAAGACACAACUGACACUCAGUAAACUCAAUGGUCUUGUGCAAAAGCUUGAACAAUUUCUAGAAAAUCAGAGAGAUGACAAAGAUGAUGAGUCUGUGUUCCCUGAACCUGCUCAAAAGAAAGAUGUGCAGCUGUUCAGCAGCACCUCCCUGGAUAUGGCGCAGGUCAGUCAUCAAGAACAUGACCCUUGUCAAGGCUUGCCUGUGCUCAACCCACAAGCAAAUGAGGUCGUCAUCCAGUUCCCACAGGUUCCUCCAAGGAUUCAGGAACAUGAACUUGGUCAGACAACAAGCCGAAGCAGUGGCAGCCACAGGACAGGCACUGCGGAGACCUCCCCGAGCUCAUCAGAUCAGCUGGAGGAGGGGGACAGGCAUUCCAGCACACAAGCCCUCUCCUGGCUGAAAGUCUGGUGGGCCUUCCGCUGGCUCAGGCAGAAAGUCCUCUCAUUUUGGGGAAGACAGCACCCCCAGAAGCCCACCGAGUACCCCUGCCUGCUGACACAAAAGAAAAGACUCUCUCACAGAAGCAAGAGAAUCCAACCUCAAGAAUCCAUUGAAUUAGAACACCCUGUGUUGCAGGAUUUUGAAACUUGUUGA